UCUCUUUAACGUACAAAUUAUAGCAAAAGGACGCAACGAGGUUUCCGCUUCGUAUCGGAUCCAAUCAUAAUCGGAUUCUAGGGUUCUCUCCUCUCCGCUCCUCUUCUCUCCACUUCCCUCCCUCUCAUUGAUCUCCCUUCCGCUGUGAAUCUCUCUCGCUUUUUGCAGGUUCGUCCUCUCUCCCCCUUAUUCUGUCAGAUUCCCAUUGAAUAUCUCGCGCCGUGGUAACGGAGCUUUGGCCGCCGGCCUUGCUGCUUCUGCUCCGGGUUUGAAGACUAUUCAAAGCAUUUAUUGAAGACGCUCAGAGGCAGAAUUCGAGAUUAUGACUACAUCAUGGGCUGAUUCCGUGGCUGCAUCAGAGAAUGCAACCGCCUCCGACAGUGCUAACAUCCCACGUCCUACCCGACCAGCCUAUGUUCCUCCCCACCUUCGCAACAAACAGCCAUCCUCUGACACCCAUGCUCCAUCGCAUACUGCUCCAUCCCCUGGCUAUGAUCAAGGCAAUACUGGUGGAUUUGCUGGUGGGUCUAGGGCUGGCAGCGAUUCGAGGCCUGAUUUUGGGAGAAGUGGUAGCUCCGGAGGUGGAUGGAAUAAUAAAGGUGGAGGAUGGGGUGUCCGGGGAAGAGACCGUGAGGUGAACCCCUUUGCUGACAAGGAUGGCGCUAGGGAGGAACUUAACGAGCAAGAGCAAGAGAACACGGGGAUUAACUUUGAUGCCUACGAGGAUAUCCCUGUGGAGACCAGUGGACAAAAUGUACCUCCGCCUGUUAAUACAUUUGCAGAGAUAGACUUGGGUGAGGAACUUAAUCUGAAUAUUCAGAGAUGCAAAUACGUGAAGCCAACGCCAGUUCAGCGUCAUGCAAUUCCAAUUUCUCUUUCUGGACGGGAUCUUAUGGCAUGUGCUCAAACGGGCUCUGGGAAGACAGCUGCCUUCUGCUUCCCUAUCAUCAGUGGAAUCAUGCGGGGGGAGUACGUGCAAAGGCCUCGUGCACCACGAACUUCAUAUCCUUUGGCUCUUAUCCUCUCUCCUACAAGGGAGCUCUCAUGUCAGAUACAUGAUGAAGCUCGGAAAUUUUCAUAUCAGACUGGUGUCAAGGUUGUGGUUGCAUAUGGAGGGGCACCAAUCAACCAGCAGCUGCGAGAGCUUGAGAGAGGGGUUGAUAUUUUAGUGGCGACUCCAGGAAGAUUGGUAGAUUUGCUCGAAAGGGCUAGAGUUUCAUUGCAGGUGAUUAGGUAUCUGGCUCUUGAUGAGGCAGAUCGAAUGUUGGACAUGGGUUUUGAACCUCAGAUCAGGAAGAUUGUGGAACAGAUGGGCAUGCCACCACCUGGUGUCAGACAGACGAUGCUAUUUAGUGCUACUUUCCCAAAAGAGAUACAGAGACUGGCUUGUGAUUUCCUUUCAAACUACAUUUUCUUGGCUGUUGGAAGAGUUGGUUCGAGCACUGAUCUCAUUGUGCAAAGAGUUGAAUACGUCCAUGAAUCUGACAAGAGAAGCCAUCUCAUGGAUCUUCUCCAUGCACAAAGGGAAAAUGGGGCUCAUGGCAAGCAAGCUUUGACGUUGGUUUUUGUGGAGACCAAAAGAGGAGCUGAUUCGUUGGAGAACUGGUUGUAUAUGAAUGGGUUUCCGGCUACUAGUAUUCAUGGUGACAGGUCACAACAAGAAAGAGAACUGGCGCUCCGAUCCUUCAAGAGUGGGAGGACUCCCAUCCUUGUUGCGACAGAUGUUGCUGCACGAGGCCUCGAUAUCCCCCAUGUGGCCCACGUGGUCAACUUUGACCUCCCCAACGACAUAGAUGACUAUGUUCACAGGAUUGGCCGCACAGGUCGAGCUGGCAAGUCAGGAUUGGCAACUGCCUUCUUCAAUGAGAACAACCUCUCAAUGGCAAAGCCACUUGCUGAACUUAUGCAGGAGGCAAAUCAGGAAGUACCCGCUUGGCUCACGAGGUAUGCUUCAAGGGCUUCCUACGGUGGUGGGAAGAACCGCCGAUCGGGAGGCAACCGAUUUGGAGGGCGGGACUUUAGAAGAGAGAGCUCGUUCAAUAGAGGAAUGGAUUACUAUGGAGGAGGGAAUAGCAGCGGCGCAUAUGGAAUUUCUGCUGGGUAUGGUGGAUAUGGGCCGGGUGUCACGAGUGCUUGGGACUAA